CCGGAGGCGGGGCGCCAGCUGCUGCCGCGCGCUCCUGAGCGGGCGGUCUCCAUGGCAACCAGUGGGGCCCGCGAGCGGCCCCUCGGUCCCCGCCGCCGUCGCCGCCUCGUCGGCCCCGCCCGCACAAAGGCCGCCCGCGGCCAGGAUGGUGCAGCCGCAGACCGCUAAGGCGGAGGGCCCGGCCUCGGCCGCUGCUGCCGGCGCCCCGAUGGACGACGUGAUCGACACGCUGACCUCGCUGCGCCUCACCAACUCCGCGCUGCGCCGCGAGGCCUCCACGCUGCGCGCCGAGAAGGCCAACCUCACCAACAUGCUGGAGAGCGUGAUGGCUGAGCUGACCCUGCUGCGCACCCGCGCGCGCAUCCCCGGGGCGCUGCAGAUCACGCCGCCCAUCUCGGCCAUCACCUCCAACGGGACGCGCCCCAUGACCACGCCGCCCACCUCGCUGCCCGAGCCCUUCUCCGGAGACCCGGGCCAGCUGGCGGGCUUCCUGAUGCAGAUGGACAGGUUCAUGAUCUUCCAGGCCUCCCGCUUCCCAGGUGAGGCCGAGCGGGUGGCCUUCCUCGUGUCCCGCCUGACCGGGGAGGCUGAGAAGUGGGCCAUCCCGCACAUGCAGCCAGACAGCCCCUUGCGAAACGACUAUCAGGGCUUCCUGGCCGAGUUGCGGAGAACCUACAAGUCCCCGCUGCGGCACGCGCGGCGCGCCCAGAUCAGGAAGACUUCCGCCUCCAACCGAGCGGUGCGGGAGCGGCAGAUGCUUUGCCGCCAGCUGGCCGCGGCCGGCACUGGGCCCUGCCCUGUGCACCCAGCCUCCAAUGGGACCAGUCCAGCUCCGGCUCUGCCCACUCGGGCACGGAACCUUUAGGAGGCCGCCACCACCCCUGUAGCAUCUGCAGCCGUCCUGGUAGCAUAGGCUCUUUGCUGUGGAGAAGAAAUGUCCAAACAACAGCAUCACCCUUGCAAAGCCGUCCCCGCCCGUGCCGCCUCUUCGGUAGGCCUUCCUCCCACCCUGCUUGGCGCCCCUUCACCUGCCUUGCUGUAUGUCCUGUUGUCACCUGCUGGCUCCGUACCUGCUACUCAGUGCAUGCACCCCUCUCCUUGCUGCUUCAGCAACUCCAGAGGUGGCGACUUCGUUGCUCCAGGCCCGCUGUCCCCACAGCACACUCCGGGACCAUUUGGACCGCAGCCUUCGAACCCAGCCCAGACACUCCCGCUGCACCUUCUACAAGGCCCUGGGUAGCUCCCCGCCUGGUUGCCCUGCUCCUGCCAGUGGGCUCUGGAUGGAAAGAACCAGCCAGGCUGGUGGUUGAUGUGUGUACCUGGAGAGGGGGUCUGGCUGUGUCCCUCGGCCGGUGGCCAGCCCUGCCAGGGCCUAGGGUAGCAGGCAGGGCCUUGUCCCUGCCGUCAAUGGUCAAGCCUGUUCUAACAUCGCCGGGGGCCAGUUUUGCUUUGCAACACCCGGAAGUCCACUGGGAGGACUGACACAGCAGGGAAAGGGAAGAUCCACUCUUGCCCACUUCAGCUGCCAGGGUUCUCAUUGCCCCAGGAAACAGAGGAGUCGCAUUUGUCUGCUGUCGAAGGCCCUUGUGGACCAGGGACGCUGGGCAGGUCCAUCAGGUUACCAUGAGCAGUGGACUCAUGCACACCGGCUGCCAAGAACUGAGGCAUGCUGAGGAUGGGACACUAGCAGCUCCUUUGCUGCGCGGGGUCUCCGGUCAGGAGCUCACCGGCUGCUAGUGUUUGGCCAAGCCCCUCUGCGAUGUCUCCGGCUGACUUGAGACCCACUGCCUUUUCAUUCAGGCGCCGUGUUGCCUUCACCUCAGCCUCUCAGCCACCCGCACCAUCUUAAGGUCUCCAGCGCUGCCGUGUGGCACACCCUUCCCGUACCUACGCCACUGUGUCUAGCCUUUAUCCAAGAACAGAUAGUCUUCCUCUUACAGCGAGACGGCUCCUCUGGGAAGUACCUUCAACACCGAAGGCAGAGUGUCUGGGUGGCGUUGGGAGAGGCAGAGCUGUGGACUGCUGGGUCCUGGGGAUGUCGCAGGACUGGCCAGGUGUCCUGACUCGGAGGGACUUAGCUCUGCUUCGAGGAGUGUGGCCUUGGCUUCCUUGCAGAGAGAACCAAGAAAUCCCAUUCUGACCCAGACCUGGCCCAGCCGUUUGGAUCGUGGCUCUCCAGCCCUUCACGGUCGCAUGAAGCGCACCCACACGACCACUGGGACCUGGGAGGAGACUGGCUUCGUUUGCCCUGGCUGGGUGGUCCUGCCUUGACCACAGCAGGGCUCCCUGUGCCCUGGGAUCCUGAGCUUGGGUCCUAGGACCCAUCUCCUCCUCCAGAGAGUUUCGAUGCCGCUGUGAAAGCAACUGUGAUCCUAAAGCAAGCACGGCUGUCCCAGGUCAAGGGACAGUGAGGUUGCUGGGCUCACAGGCUCGGCCACCCACGCUUUGUGAACUCUGUUAGCCUAGUUGCCCUGCCGACCAGCUGCCUGGACACAGGCUUCAUGUUCCCCUGGGCUCCGCCCAGGGCCUUCUGCUUGAACUGCAGUGCUCAUUAAUCGGAGUGGAGGGAAGGGUCCCCAGUGGGGCUGCCAUUUGAGGUGGGCUGGUGCUGGUCGCCUCCUCCUGUGCCCAGUGCCCUUCUGUCCCAGUGGUUGUGUUGGCAGACCUUCUACCUGCUAGUGGAGGUGUCGCCAGGUGAAGGGGGACAGUGGCACCUGGAGAUGGAGGCCCUGCAGCGGGAGGAGACCUGGAAGGCCUGGCCCACAUCUGCCAUCUCCUGGCCCGGCCCUGGCUCCCCCAGGCGGGCCUGUGAGUGCUCCUUUGCCCAGGCAGCGUGGUGAGAGUUGGUCCACCACACACCCUCGGGCUGGAGCCACGCGAGCAAGGCUGGCCACCUUUCCACCCACAUCCGCUGCUGGCCUUCUGCCUCUGAUGGUUGUGCCUGGACCAGGCUGCUGCUGUUCCAGCUGCACUUGGUUUGGUAACUUGCGUGUGUGUUGUUCCCUGGUGCUCCUGUCGGUGGGCACAAGAUGUAUGCUGUCAUAUAGGUGCCACCUUCUCGAUAGCUCCCCAUGCCUCUGGACCUGGAGCACAUGAGAGAGGGCUGGGAAACUGCGCUGGAAGUGCCGAGGGGCUGUCACAGCUCCAGGGUGAACGCCGCGGUCCCAGGCAGAGGAUGACACCCAAGGCCCACGUAGCCCUGGAGGGAGCCCACGGUGAUGGGGGGACUGAGCUGAAGACCGAGCUGGGACGUGUACAUAUUGGGGGUCAUAGUUUCUCCACCUUCUGGAGAACAGGUAGUGACUUUAAAGGGGCAGUGGACUUAAUGCAUGUGAAGAGUUUCUGUUGCUCUUGGUGUCGUCUUCUUCGGGCCGGUGUUGUGCCUGCUCUCCGGUCCACAUGGUACCUGUCUGGUAAGUAAGCUUCGUUGCAUUGCAGGGCACUUUUGCCAGAGGCAUUUGGUAGUGUGACUCCCUGGCCCAGUGUGUAGCAUGACCUGGGGACUAACUCCAUGUCCUAAAGCAUUUCGGGGACGUCUAGGAGCCAGCGGGGACCCAUCUUGACCCCAGGUGAGUAGGUGAGAGGUGUGAAAAGUACCACGUGGUGGAGGCAGGACUGUUCUGACCCACUUGUGCCUGCUGUCUUGGAGCAGAGCGCUGCCCCCACCACCAGGUGAGCCCACCGGAAGUUCCCUGCAGGGAGAUGGUGACCGGAUGUGGGCGUUGGGGCAGGGCACAGCACACACGGAGGUGAAGGAGGAGCCUUGUGCAGGCCCCUGUCUUGCAGGGUGAGCUGUCAGACCCCGGCCCCUGCUUGGGACAUGUCAUUGAGGGGCUUUGAGAAGAAGGCCAGGAAAGGAUGGAUCCACAGGCAAAGCUCCACUGUGUUGGGGGUGGUGGGACAGGGUGUUCCGUGGUCAGGGUGGCCAGGACCUCAAGUCUCAGUGAAUUGUCUCUUGGGGACUUUACAUUAGAUUUGAUGGCGAUUGGCCCAGGAUAGAGGGAGAAAACUGAGCUCCUCACACGCACGCACUAAAACCGCACCAGGUCUCUGCCCUGCAGGUAAAGGCUGUUUCAGGGACUUGGGGAAAUCAAGUAGCAGGAAGAGCACCUCCUUCCAGGCCCUGCCCCACGGCUUCUUUGCCUUUUCUGUGGUUAGGAUGCGGACACCGUCUAACUCUACGGGAUGCUGUCCUCACUGAGCGUAUCACAGCCGCCCCUAUCAGGACUGAAGCUUGUUCUGCAGUGGCUGUGAACGCUUCCACAAGGCGUAGUAGGGACAGCGGUGCCAAGUAUUGAUCAGUGCUGUUGCUAAGUUUUCACUCUCCCAAUCGAUGAGGUUCCCAGGGCAUAAGGUUUUCUCCCCACGUCAAGUUGUUUCCCUGGGAUGGAUUCCCAGAGGGGGCACUAAAGAAUAUGGAGACCUUCCAGGUUUUUAUUAUCUAGUGACAAAAGGGUUUCCAGAAAGGUCCAUUUGCGUUCCCACCAGCACGGGAGGUGUGCCCAGCUUGCCAGGUUUGGGUGUUACCUCUGGGCUAGAUGUUUGCUGAUUUGAUCACAACAACAAAAGCAUUGUGUUUUAGUUCACAUUCCCUGGGUUUCUAGCUCAGUUGAGUAUCUUUUCGCAUUCGGUGGUUGUAUUUCCUCUUUUGUGGAUUGUCAGUGUCCUUCGCUCUACCUACCAAGGUCUGAUAAAUUUGUAUAAGCUCAUUAUAUAUUAAAGAUACUAACCUGG